AUGUUGAUUUUUUAUAUUAUUGCCUUUUUUCACCUCGAAAGCCAUGUAGAAGCGUGGUUAUGCGGUUCAAACGCAAGAUUGCUGUCAUUUUGUUACAAUCCUUUCAACGCCUUCUGUAGGAAAUGUAUUUGCGAUAACGGCUAUUCACUUAUUGCAGGCCGUUGCACAAAUCGAGAUGAUCCAUUGUACAAUAUUCAAAAAGAUUUGGAACUCGACCGAUUCCACAAGCGAAUUCGAUUGAUGAGGAAAGAUUCAAAUAUAACUAUAACACGAAUCGCUUGUCCGAGUAACAUGGUACAGGUUAAGCACAUUUGUCCACUGUCAAUAAGCUGGGAUCUAAACUGCUAUCGCAUUUGCAAAUGCAAAGAUGGAUUGCGCAUGAGAGGAGGCAAUUGCGUGGAUGAACGAAAAAAAUAUGAUCGCAGCCAAGUAAUCACAGAUUCCAUUUCUAAGUGUGGAAAAGAAAAUUGUCGUCUCGGCGAAGUUUUUUUGGACUUUACGUGCCGCCGAAUUGGAAAAAAAUGUGGAAUUAAUAUGAUAUUCAAUUUAAUUAAUGGGAUUCUUAAAGGAAAAUCAUGCGUUAUACGAUGUGAAUGUGAACGAGAAUUUGUUGGAAAAAGUGGCCAAUGUGUAAGGUCUUUGAUAUUUACGAGGAAAACGACAUCUGAGAAAACAACAACAGAGUUUAUAUCAUCCGAUUUGCCGAAAGUUGGUGAGAAAUUUUAUAAUUCCGAUUGUCGACAAAUCCCGCUGGCUUGCGGAAAAAAUAUGAAACUUAUUUCUAUAUGGAAGAAUUCCGUCGACCAGCAAAACCGAUUUGCUUGCACUCAAUUUUGUGCUUGUAAAAAUGAAUUUGUCGAAAUGAACGGACGAUGCAUAAAAUCGUAG